CUCUAAACGAACAAACGGUUAGGUCGGUGUAUCAGGAACGCCCUCGACAUCAGUGGUCAAAAUGUCAACCCUGAAGUUGCUGACAGACAAGGGCGGUAACUCUGUAUACGCCCACAGUAUCGACGGCCAUUAUUUUCCGCCAUUUACUUUGGAUGUGGAAUAUGCCACCCACUUGGAGAACAUUAAGAAAAUGCACAUCAGGGACGAUGACGUCGUCGUAGUUGGCUACGGCAAGUCAGGUACACACUGGGUGUGGGAGGUGGCUGGGAUGCUGAUGGCCGGAAGUACAAACUACAUCCGGAAUAUCAAAGAGAGCCAAUUCCUGGAAGUCAAGGAAGUGGCGGUGCUUGAGGCUCUGACGUCACCGAGACUACUCAACACACACAUGGGGUUCAGAUUCCUGCCGUCGGAGAUCGUGACCAAGAGAACCAAGGUCAUUUACCUGCUGAGGAACCCUAAGGACGUGGCGGUGUCCCUCUAUAACCACGUGACCGGAAUGAAUGCCGGGGAGAAAUAUUUGUAUAACGGGAUAUGGGACGAUUUCCUGGACGCCUAUCUCCAGGGUAAAGUCUUUGGUGGGUCUUGGUUCGACAGUGUCUUAAACUGGGAGAAGACAGUUGCUGCUCUCACGGAAUUACCCGUACUUACUGUGCACUAUGAAGACAUGAAAAAGGAUCCCUUGUCAAAUGUACAACGUCUGUCGGAGUUCCUUGGAGUACAACGUGAUUCCGAGUUCUGCCAGGAAGUGGUGGAAGCAUGCAGUUUUAAGAAACUUAAACAUGCAAAGGAAAACUUGAAGGAAAACUAUCUGCGGAACGUAUGGAAACCUGGCACUGCGGGCUUUUACAGGAAAGGGGAAGUGGGAGACUGGAAGAAACGUUCCUGAGUAAAUCAAUAAAACGAUGUGUCUAUGUUACAGGGGAAGUGGGAGACUGGAAGAAACGUUCCUGAGUAAAUCAUUAAAACGAUGUUUGUAUGUUACAGGGGAAGUGGGAGACUGGAAGAAACGUUCCUGAGUAAAUGAGUAAAACGAUGUGUCUAUGUUACAGGGGAAGUGGGAGACUGGAAGAAACGUUCCUGAGUAAAUGAGUAAAACGAUGUGUCUAUGUUACAGGGGAAGUGGGAGACUGGAAGAAACGUUCCUGAGUAAAUCAGUAAAACCAUGUAUCUAUGUUACAGGGGAAGUGGGAGACUGGAAGAAACGUUCCUGAGUAAAUCAGUAAAACGAUGUGUCUAUGUUACAGGGGAAGUGGGAGACUGGAAGAAACGUUCCUGAGUAAAUCAGUAAAACGAUGUGUCUAUGUUACAGGGGAAGUGGGAGACUGGAAGAAACGUUCCUGA